AUGUUGGCAGUUAUUAGCAUAGACAAACCGAUACGAAAGCAUCAGAAUGCUGCUGACAACAGAAGAUCGGUCAUUUAUGACAUAUGGCAGCUGGUCAAGCCCGACUUGCUACUACUAAUCACAGUUGUAAUUACCGCUAUUGCCGCCGCGGUGACAAACUUAGCGACACCAAAGAUUACCGGAGAAUUGAUCAAUAUUAUAGCCGAGUCUAUCAGCAAAGGAUCUCUUGUUUUGGAUGAUCUCAAAGAACCUGCCAUGAAGCUGUUGGCGUUAUUCGGAAUUCAAGGAUUCCUGACAUUUCUUCAUAUCUCGUUUGUGACUAUUCUCGGCGAGAAUAUGGCAAAGCGUCUCAAGCAUCAGUUGUUUUCUGCUAUUAUCCAUCAAGAUAUUGCAUUCUUCGAUAAAUAUAGAUCCGGAGAAUUGGUUAGUAGGCUGACCACCGAUGUUCAUGAAUUCAAGCAUACGUUUAAACAGAUCAUUACUUUGGGUCUAAAGGCUGUCACUCAGACAAUUGGAUCGGCAGUUACUCUGUUACGUAUCUCGAAAUCGCUAACAUUCACUCUGUGCGCCACCAUGCCUGUUAUUUACGCAUUGCUUAACGCCUAUGGAGCGUAUCUGCGAGAACUAUCGAAAAGGGCCAGAUCUAUAGAUGCCAUUGCUUCGGGUAUUGCUGGCGAGGGCAUUUCCAAUAUCCGUACAGUACGUGCUUUUGCAGCCGAAGCAAGAGAAACGGAAUUCUAUAGUGAAGUAUGUAAAGACGUUGCUAAAUCCAACAUAUUACUGGGAUACAAUGUGGGUCUAUUCCAAGGCAUGACCAAUUCGACAAUAGGAUGUAUGGUGCUCAUCGUCUUAUACUACGGAGGGUCACUUGUGGUAAAGAACGAAAUUAGUGGUGGAGAUCUCAUGAAUUACAUGAUUUCGGUACAAUCAACUCAAAAAUCUCUUGUAUCACUUGGAGUUCUCUUUGGUCAGACAAUCAAGGCAGCGGCUUCAGCAAACCGCGUAUUCGAGUUUAUACACACGGAACCUACUAUUCCUCUAGCGGGUGGGAUUGAGCCAGAUCAUGUGAAAGGCGAUCUUGAGUUUCGCAAUGUCAACUUUAGGUAUCCGACACGGCCAGAUCAAUUAAUACUCAAGAAUUUCAAUCUAAGGAUCCCAAGUGGAACCAUGGUCGCGUUAUGCGGACCAUCAGGAUCAGGAAAGAUCGAACGCUUUUAUGACCCAGAUGCCGGUGAAAUUAUCCUCGACAACAUAUCAUUACCAUCACUCGAUCCCAGCUGGCUGAGACGUCACAUUGGGUAUAUCAAUCAAGAACCUGUCCUAUUUGCCACUACCAUUUAUGAAAACAUUCGCUAUGGGAAACCAGACGCCAGUAGAGAAGAGGUUGAGGAAGCGGCAAGAAAAGCUAAUGCGGCUGAUUUCAUUGAGGGAUUUCCAGCCGGAUACGAUACUGUACUUGGCGAACGGGGAGUUACUUUGUCUGGAGGUCAACGACAAAGGAUCGCAAUUGCACGUGCUAUUCUGAAAGAUCCCAAGAUACUGAUAUUGGAUGAAGCGACGAGCGCAUUAGAUCAAUCAGAGAAGCUUGUACAAGAGGCUCUUGAUAAACUCAUGAAAGGUCGAACUGUUGUUGUCAUAGCACACCGGCUAUCUACAAUACAAUCUGCUGACUUGAUUGUUGUUAUGGGACGCAACGUGGGCAACGUGAUCGAGCAAGGCACGCAUCGCGAACUGUUGAAGAAGAAGGGAGCGUAUUUCCGACUUUACAACCAGCUAGCAAUGGAUAAUGAUAUGUUGUUAUGA